AAUUAAUAUGCCAAUGCUCCCCCGAUGCUCCAAUCUUCUUUUUUCCGUGGAUGCUCUGUUCUUCAUGCACGCUGUCGUCUUCUUCUUUUCUCUUGUCGAAGCAAGGUUUAGAAACCUCCAUUCACGACAGGGGAUCAGGACUCUGUCCUCUUCCUUCCACUCUUCUCCCUAUCUUGGGAAGCGCAAAGGACAAAACUCAUUCGGUAAUCUUCUCCUGAAGGUAGCCGGAUUCAAUAUCCCAGGUGCGCUAAAGAUAGAUUGAUGUUCCAUGGCUCUCAAGAAAGUGUAAAUUGUGGAGUUUUUCUCUCGGUUCUCCUUCUCAUCUGUAAAUGCUCUGUUUUUUCUUCCAUCUUUUGUUUAUUCGCUGUUGUUGUAUUUCCUUUUUGUCUUGCUGUUCUUUUUAUAUUUUACUUUACCAAAUUGUAAUUUUGUUUCAUUUUUUUAACCAUUUAUUAUUUCAUUAAUUCCUUUUAACCAUUUAGCCAUGUAAUGUUGGCUUUAAUGUGUCAAUAGAAAAAUUGUAAUGGAGCACAAACCAUGAUACUCAAUUGGAAGUUUUCAAUACUCAAUAAAAAAGGUUUGAUGCUCAAUAAAAAUGUCUUGAACUUCAACUAAAAAAUUUAUGAUUUUCAUAUCAAUACUCAUUUUGUAAGUUACGUUUGUUCAAUUUGUACUCAUAUUAUGCUCAUUUUUUAAAUGUCAUAUCCAUGCAAAUUUUAAAAGUUGCAUAUGACAUUAGAUUCACAUUGUUAGGUUCCUAGUACUCAACCGAAUAAAUCCGAUGCUCAUUGGAAGUAUUUUAAUGCUCAUAAUAGGUCGAUGCACAUUAAAAGUUCAUUAAUGCUCAUUUAACAGAAAUUGUGAUUUUCAUCUCAAUAGAGGAGGUUUGAUGCUCAAUGAAAAUGUCAUUAUGUCAAACUAACAAAGUUUACGAUUUUCAUAUCAUUGAACAUUUUGUAUGUUAUGUAUGCUCAUGUGGUACUGAUCUUAUGCUCAUUUUCUAAGUGUCAUAUCAAUGCAUUUUUUAAGUACUAUUUUACAUUAGAUUCGCGUCUUGAAAUUCAUAGGAGUUAAUUAUAAGUAUAAUUUAAUAAGUUUUUAUAUAAGAAAAAAGAACAAAAAGAAAGUGAAUUAAAAGUUAUGAAGGAGAGAUCAUGAUUCUGAAUAUUAGACUCAUAAUACUCAACAUAAUAGUUCUGAUGCUCAUUAAAAGUUUAUUAAUGCUCAUUCACCAGAAAUUUUGAUUUUCAUCUCAAUAUCAAAGGUUUGAUGCUCAAUUAAAAUGUCAUGAUGUUCGACUAACAAACCUAAUAACCUUACUUUUAAAUUUGUUUAUAUCAUCGCCCUUACUGAACAUGGUCUCUUUCUUUGUACUCCAAUAGCACUGUUAAAGAAAAUGUGAUACUCCGUACGUAGUAAAGUUAAAUUAUGUCAUCCAUCCUUAUUGACAAUGUUUUUAAUCGGAUCAAUUUCUAGCUAUAGCUCACCAUAGCUAGAAGGCCAUCACCAGGAGGGACAAAAGUCCGAUCUGUGAGCCAUGGCCAAGAAUGCUCCACAUACAGUCGUACACUAUCGCCAAAGGGCACGCCGCCGCUCAUCGCUCGCCAUAUCCAAAAGACCGUCACGAUCGAUGAGGGACAAAAGUCAAAUUUGUGGAGGCCAUGGAGGUCUAUCGUCACACGCCAUGGCCAGAAGGUAUGAGCGCGACGGAGGUGGUCACUGCUAUAAAGUGGCUGCAGCGGUGGAGAAGACGGGUCAGGGGAGAGAUUCGGAGAAAUAGGAUUGUUGAGGUACAAUUUCUCUCAUUAUUUCACAGUUUUAUCAUUUCCAUAAGCAAUAUGAAUGUUGAGGACUCAAGUCUCAACCAAUACAACGUAGAACGUACGUACGUAUGAUUUGUUCCUGAAAAUUUGCAUCAGUCAGUGGAUGUUUGCAACAGACUGGAAGCUCUCUUCUGCAUGAUCCACCGGCCAUGUUUAAGAGCUCAGGUUUCUUCUCUGAUCUUAAUCUCUCUCUUCUCUCGAUUUACAGAUUACUAUUACGAGUACUAUUUUCACACUACAUAUUCUUGUAUAUAUUAAACUCAGAAGUUUUUUAAAACUAAAGCUCCAAACUCGAUCUACUUUUUUCAUACUAUUUCAGAAUAUAUUUCAUAAUAUCCUCUUCAUCCAACCUUCAACUCAAAAAAAGCCCUGCAAGUUGAUAAUGCCAGAAAUAUUCACGGGGUUUGUUAAUAAUUGCAUUAUUGUAGCCACGCCUUCGCCGGAAAGGAAGACUUUGUCGUAUGCUUUUCUCUCUCUGCUUCUGAUUAUACUUUUGACAUGCAACGGUGCGACCAUAUUCUCAGUCCGUCUCCCUUUCCUGCUCAAAUCCUCACCGGAGGCUGCCACCUUUUCGCCUGAAAAUGUCACCGGUAAAUCAAGAUACCUGCAGCAGGUCUCUGCCUCCGCCUCCCUGAAGAACCCGUCAUCAUCUUCGCAGAUGUACGCGAUGAAGCCGGACACCCACUUCCACCUUUCACGGAAAAAUCGAAUCUUGGUGGCUUUCAAGAACGUCUCGGCGGAGCCGAAGAUCAUGACCCGGCAGAUAAUGAGGAGGAAAAAGCAGAAAUCUUUGAUCAUCAAAACGAUGGUUUCUGAAGCGGGGAUGCGGCAGUUCUCAACGAGAGUGAAGGGAUUCUUCAAGGAGAAUUCGUGUAAAUUAAGGUUCUUCAUGACGUGGAUAUCUUCAGUCGAGUCUUUUAGCAUCAGAGAAAUGUCGGCCAUCGAGAGCUUGUUCAGAGCACAUCCCAGAGGAUGUCUGGUCUUAGUGUCAAACUCAAUCGAUUCAGUCGAGGGAACCAAAACCAUCUUAAGCCCUUUCUUGAAAAAAGGACUAAAAAUAACUGCGAUCACCCCAGAUUUCAACUACCUCUUCAAGAACACUUCUGCACACUCAUGGGUUGACAGAUUGUUGAGAGGAAGCAUAGAUCCAGGGGAGGUUUCCAUUGGGCAAAACCUCUCUAAUCUCCUUAGACUCGGCCUGCUGUACAAAUUCGGUGGGGUUUAUAUAGACACAGACGUAAUAAUACUAAAGAGUUUCUCAAAGCUGAGAAAUGUGAUUGGAGCUCAGACAAUGAAUCCGGAGACAAGAAAAUGGAGCAGAUUGAACAAUGCUGUGAUGAUUUUCAACAAGGGUCAUCCUCUGGUCUACAAAUUCAUAGAAGAAUUUGCACUUACGUUUGAUGGCAACAAAUGGGGACACAACGGGCCUUAUUUGGUCUCAAGGGUGGUGUCAAGGGUGAGUGAAAGUGAUGACGAUGACGACGACGAUGAUGAGAAUAGAAAGAAUUUGACGGUUUUGCCCCCGGUGGCGUUUUAUCCGGUGGGUUGGGGGAGAAUCAGGAGUUUAUUCGAAGGGCCGAGAAACACGACGCAUCUCGAAUGGUUAGAUAACAAUCUCGGGCAGAUUAGGAUUGGGAGUUUGGCUGUUCAUCUGUGGAACAAGCAGAGUAGGAGGUUGGAUAUUGAGGAAGGGAGUAUUGUUCAGCGUUUGAUGUCUCACACUUGUGUCUUAUGCAACUCUUCAGCACUAGUCCAUUAAGGGUAUUGUAUGUAUGUAUAUUGAGAGCAUAUGUGACUAUGUGAGCUAUAUUUGACACUAGUAUUUCCUUCACUUAUACUAGUAUUAGUAUAGUUGGGGCAUGCGCCCUUUUUUGGUGGGCAUUCUUUUUAGAGACGCCCAACCCUUCUUAAUUUUUAUAUUUCUUCUUCUAAAAUAAAAUUAUUCAUUUGAGG